AUGGUUGCUGCUCAGAUCGUCGCGACGCUGGCGUCGCUCUUGACUCUGUCACUAUCGCCAGUAGCGCUUGCUGACAAUGUCACAUCCCUCGCCGGCACAUGGACGUCGAAAUCCGCCAAGGUCUUCACCGGACCAGGCUUCUACGACCCCGUCGGAGAACAGUUCUUCGAGCCCAACACCACCGGAAUGUCCUACUCCUUCACCGACGACGGAUUCUUCGAGUCCGCCCUCUACACCGUCGUCUCGAACGCCACGAACCCCAAGUGUCCACAGGCGUUCUUGCAGUGGCAGCACGGAACGUAUGUGUUGCAGGAUGAUGGAAAGAUGAUUUUGAACCCUAUUGCGGUCGAUGGGAGGCAGUUGCAGAGUGACCCGUGUACGUACUCGAAGAGCCUUUACACGAGGUGGAAUGAGACUGUGACCAUGAAGUCAUGGGAAAUCCUUAUCGACGCCAUGCACGAAAAUUAUCGCCUCAACCUCUACGAAUUCGACGGUUCCCCGAUGAACCCGAUGUACCUCGCCUACCGCCCCGCAAUGAUGUUGCCAACUGCGACGCUCAACCCCACGGCUACCGCCACCGCUUCCACUGCUUCUAAGAAGCGGAAGAGGAGUUUGGGUGUUGCGCAGGCGCAGGGCAAGUUGGGUGGGAUGGAAGCUGAUACGUGGUGGUGGAUUGGAGCUGGUAUGACUGUUUUGGGUGGUGUCGGGUUUUUGGCCGUGUAA